CACUUGCAACUCUGCUGGAUUUGUUGGCUUCAAUAGUCGCACCUAUCACAACCUCUUCCUUUGAUCCUUCUCCGAUUCCAUGGUGACCUCUCGACGUAAUGAUUACUGCCAGAAUACCUGCGCGACAUCCUGACCAAUGAGAUCACUGCACGUGACUCAGGAUGUCAUACAGGAGCGGUGACGGCCAGCUCAAGCGCAAUGGCGACGGACACUUCAUCGUUCACCGGCGGGUCUCUCCUGCUCGCAUGGCAGCUCAAGGGUAAACGCGUACUCAUUGUCGGCGGCGGCGACGUCGCAUCGGGCCGCAUCGAGUCCGUUCUGGUCGCCGACGCUCUCGUCACGCUCAUCGCGCCGCGCGACGGACUUCACCCCCUUACCAAGCGCUUCAUCGAGUCGUCGGACCGCAUCACGUACCACGACCGCACGUUUGCAGGCCCGGAGGAUCUCGUCGACGUGGACAUGGUCCUGACGGCCAUCGACGACGUGGAGACAUCGCGGACGAUCUGCGCCAUGGCGCGCGCCCUCAAGGUCCCCAUCAACGUCGCGGACAUCCCGCCGUCGUGCGACUUCUACUUCGGCUCGCAGAUUCGCAGCGGGCCGCUGCAGAUCAUGAUCUCGACGAACGGCCAGAGCCCGAAGCUCGCGAACAUCAUCCGGCGGCGCAUCGAGAACAGCCUCCCGGAGCACGCGGGCGAGGCGAUCGAGAAGGUCGGGCAGCUGCGGAACAAGCUGCGGGAGCGCGCGCCGGGCGUGGGCGGGGAGCUGGGCAAGCGGCGCAUGCGGUGGAUGGUGGACGUGUGCACGGCGUGGGAGAUGGAGGACCUGGCGGCGCUGGACGGCGAGAUGAUGGCGAAGCUCCUCGACGACGGCUGGGAGUACAACCGGGUGCCCAAGGUCCAGGAGGUCGGCGGGCGACCGCGGCAGUCGACAAAGACUGCUCUGCAGAAGAUAUCCGGCCUGUUGUUGUCCUCCGCCGCUGGAGUCAUCGUAGGAGCUGCUUGCACCGCACUCGUCUUUCUGAAGAGGCGUGCAUAGGUCGACCGGCCUUGGACAAAACAAGCAGGAGGGGCGUAUUAGAGCAAAGAAAAGCCCCCGCACAUCAUUUAUAUCACCAUCUCAUCAAUCAACGGAAGGACCUCUAGAGCAUGGACUCAUAUUUUCAUGU